AUGCCCCUGUCCCCAACAAGACUGCCUAGCCCCUACGGCUCUGAUCGGCUGGUACGGCUAGCAGCCAGGCUCCGGCCAGCACUAUGUGAUACCAUGAUCACAGUGGGGAGCCAGGAGUUCCCUGCCCACAGCCUGGUGCUGGCAGGUGUGAGCCAGCAGCUGGGCCGCAGGGGCCACUGGACUCUGGUGAAAGGAAUCAGCCCUUCCACUUUCGCACAACUUCUGUACUUUGUCUAUGGAGAGAGUGUUGAGCUGCAACCUGGGGAACUGGGGCCCCUUGAGGAGGCGGCCAGGGCCUUGGGGGUGCAGUCCCUGGAAGAGGCAUGCAGGAAGGCUCGAAGAGACAGAGCUGGAGUAGAGUUGAAUCAAGAGCUGAAGGAACAUCAGGAGAAGCCAGAGAGACCCACAAGGGAUUCUGAGAGAGGAGGGGGGGACCUUGGAGAGCAGAGACCAGAGAUGUUUAUUAGAGCUGGUGGGAGAGAACAGGAGACACUGCCCAAGCACAGGCCACCAAAAGAGAAUCCUGAGAUAGCAGAGGCAAUGCAGGAGGGUCAGAGGGAGCAGAUGAAAUCAGAGGAGAAACUCAACCAAUCCCUUCUUGACCACAGGGGAGUAGAUGGGAAACAAGAAGUGAUCAUGUGGGUGAGGGAGAGUGCAGGGGGCUCUGAGGAAAGUCUAGGGGAGUUGCCUGGCCCCCCACCCCUACCAGGUUCCCUCCAAACCAGCAUCACUUCUAGGCCCUGGUGGGCUGAGACCCCUUGGUUGAGGGAGGGCCAGCCUGCCCUGUGGAGCUUCCUGCUAUUGCCACACAGAUAUGGCACUCCCUUCUCCCAUAGUACGCCCAUCACUGCAGCCUGGCAAGAGGUCUGGCCUCAGGACCAGAGGAUCCCACUGUCCCUUAACCUCCACAAAGGGUUCUGGAGCCAGAAUCAGUUGGCCUUCUCUAGCCCUACAUCAGGUUCCCUCCCCCGGGCGCCCACAAAGCUCAGCCCUGGGGAGAUGGAAGAAUCUGAUCAGAGGCACACAGGUGCACUUGCAACCUGUGCAGGUUUUGUGGGCAAAGCAGGCCACCCAUCUCGCCAACACCCUCCCCCGCCCCCUCCUGCUCGGUCGAGGCCCUAUUCUUGUUCUGUCUGUGGAAAGAGGUUUGCACUCAAGCACCAGAUGGAGACACACUACCGAGUCCACACAGGAGAGAAGCCCUUCUCCUGUGGCCUCUGUCCCCAACGUUCCCGGGACUUCUCAGCCAUGACCAAGCACCUGCGGACACACGGGGCUGCACCCUACCGCUGCUCUCUGUGCGGGGCUGGCUGCCCCAGCCUGGCCUCCAUGCAGGCACACAUGCGGGGCCACUCGCCCAGCCAGCUCCCGCCGGGAUGGACCAUUCGCUCCACCUUCCUCUACUCCUCCUCCUCCUCCUCCUCCAGGACAUCCCGGGCCUCACCCACCAUGUAG